AUGCUUUCUUUCAAAACAACAGCAACUAAAUUUAAUAUAUACUCAAAAUUUUUAAAAACACCAAACAAUUUAUAUAAAUCACAAUUUAUAAUUGGAAAUAAUUUUAAAAGAACUUUUUCAACUGAACCACAAAAACCAAUUGACAAUGAUUUAAAUAAUCAAAAAAAUAAUAAUCAACAUAAUUAUAAUAAUAAUAAUAAUAAUAAUAACAACAGUAAUAAAGAUAAUAGUAAUAGUAAUAAUAAUAAUAAUAAUAAUAAAAAAAAUAAGUUAGUACCAGCUUUAAUAUUUACAGGAGUAACUGUAGCUGCUAUAUAUGUCACUCUUGAUGCACUUGGAUAUAACAAGGUUGAUUUAUUUAAGAGAAUACCAUUUCGUGUUACAUCAAAUUUAUGGGGUAAACUAGCAUCAAUUGAAAUACCAAAAUCAAUGAGAUCACCAAUUUAUAAGAGUUAUGCAAAACUUUUUGGUGUUAUAAUCGAUGAAGCAGAGAAACCAAUCGAAGAAUACCCAACAAUGGGUGAUUUCUUUGCAAGAAGAUUAAAACCAACAGCAAGACCAAUUGAUGAGAAAGCCGAUAUGGUGUCACCAGUGGAUGGCACUGUAAUUUAUCAUGGUAAGGUUGAUAUCAAUAAUACACUGGAACAAGUUAAAGGUUUAACCUACACAUUGGAUCAAUUCUUAGGUCCUGAUGAAAUUGCAAAAUUAAAAGGAAAGAAUCUCUAUCACAUUGGUUUAUAUUUAUCACCUGGCGAUUACCAUGGUAUUCAUUCACCAAUCGAUUGGAAAAUUGAAAAUCGUUAUCAUUUCCCUGGUUACCUAUUCCCUGUCGCUAAAGUUGCCGUAGAUAAUAUUCCUGGAUUAUUCGCAAUGAAUGAACGUGUUGUACUCACUGGUAAUUGGAAGUAUGGCUUCUAUUCAUUAACACCAGUUGGCGCUUCAAAUGUUGGUACCAUCGUUAUGGAUUUCGAUAAAGAACUCUCAACAAAUGAUCAAUCUCAUAAAUAUCAUAAAAAUGAAUUCUUUAAAAAACAAUACCCUUCAUCAAUCAACUCUUCAAAAGGUAGUGAAUUAGCUUUCUUUAGAAUGGGUUCAACUGUUAUCAUGAUUUUUGAAGUACCACAAAAUAAAAAAUUCGAUUUCAAUAUUAAUCCUGGUCAACAUGUUAAAUUAGGUCAAUCAAUGGGUAAAUUGAAUUAA